AUGCUCAUCCAACUGUUCGCGCCCUACCUGGCGCUGUUCGUGGGGUCUAUCGGCGCCGGUUAUGUCACCGUACCGCUUCAGAGUCCCGCCGGCGUGACCUACGUUAACAGCCAGCAACACAUCGGUCUUCUGGCAGGUCCGGUGCGCUACACGUCCUCCGCUGCCGUAUCUCCCGUCUCCCUGGUGGACGCCCGUUCCGGCGCCGUCGCGGUAACGCCCGGACCAUCUCCCACGUACUACUCGUACAACGUGCAACCUCAGGCCGUGUUUGGAAAGGCAAGCUACACGCCGGCGGUCCAGUAUCACCACACUUCGUACGGUAGCCCCACGGUUCGGGUCUACGAGCCGAAGUCAUUCGUGUACGGUGUGCAAGCCAACAAUGUCCCGUCGACGCACACGGUCCAUACGGUUCCGGUUUCCGUCUCGACAACGCAGUAUCAUCACCACACCCCGGAACAAGUUCCGGUGACUCCAGCACCGCAUCAUCCCACUAUCGCCGUACCCGUGCCUACACCCGUGCCUGUUCACGUCCCUGUUCACGUCCCGGUACCAGUCCCGGUGACUCCAACCUAUACCAAAACGGUCACCACAGGUCCGACGUACGUAACGCCUCAGGAGAAACCGAUUGUUCCGGUGGUACGCUCUCGCAAGUUCAAGGUACGCCGCCCGGCCAUCCAGAAUCAGUUCUACGACAUCGAGGAGCGCGUCAUCAUCCGACCCGUCGGUUCGGCGCUGGUCGAACUCGAGCAGCCCAUCUCGCAGACGGAAACGCAGUCCAAAACCACCAAGACCACCACGACCACGUUUGUGGAGAAGCGACCUCCGGUGUACAUCCCAGCGCCGCCACCACCACCACCACCACCACAAGAGGAGGUUCACCCUCAGGGAGACUCAGGCUACGGUACACGCAUCGGACGUCCCCGUGUUGUGACGCAAACAACGACGGUCUACACCGAGCGGCCUCAGGUGGUGGUACAGAAGAAUACCUACGAUCGUGUCCGCGUUAGUUCACAGGAAAGCACGCAAUCGGCCGCAUCGACCAGCAAGAGCUCCGACGCCGAGUUUAUCGAUACCUCAGCGAACGUCCCACAACAGCGACCCUUCUUCACGCAAGGACACGCCAUCUACCAUCCACAGCAGACGGCAUAUGUCCCGCAUCACUACGCGACUAACCUAGGUCCGCAUCCACUCUUGUACCAUCCGGGAAAUGCAGGACAUCUGUUGCACCAUGUUGCCUACCAAGGCCAACACCACGCGCUUGUGGCGCACCCUGGAGCUGUGCAUCCGGGUUUCGUAUACCACCAGGUACCGUCGACUACUCCCCUGUAUCCCGUGACUCCCGUCGGCCCGACGGCACCCGGUUCGGAUUGCGAUCGUGAGGCUAAGGCUCCCGAGUACCUUCCUCCUACACAGACGACUCCGGUGGCUACGACGACAACCAAACCUCCCACCUCUAGCUCAGUCCCCGUUGCGGACGCGGAAGAAGAGUACGAUGACUCAAUCGUGGUGGAUGCCCGAUCCGGCGCCGGACAGUCCCACGAUACGGACUAUGAAGAUUCGACCGCAUACGAGGAAGCGGUAGGAAGCAGUUCGACCAGUACUACCACAGUGGCCACCCCGACGUACCGCCAGCAUGACAAGUACCGUGGAGAAGAGGAAAGUCACACCCAGAGUCCGAGUCGGAGUCAGAGCCAGGAGCGAUCCUCGAUCGAGAUCAGUUACGCGACGCGCACCACUCCAGCAAGCGACAUCGUCGCGUUCGAUCCGUCAACUUCUGCGGGAGUUUUCAACCUGGGACCGUCGCCCACGGCCUUCCGCGGAUCGUUCUCCACUACCACCCCCCUCCCCACGACCAUUUCCCUCGAUGCCGGAUCCAGCUCGAUCGCUUCCAGCACGCCGCAGCGCUCGGUGACCAUCAUCUCCUCGACAACUCCACGCACCGUCUCGGCACGCUUCAGCGAAACGGACGACUCAGUCACCGCAGGUCGACUGGAGUCUUCCAGCACUUCCGGUUCCAUCUCCUCGCAGUCGGUGGUGGUCGGCCAGGGACUCACGCAGGAGCAGAUCCACACCAACCAGGAGCAGUUCAUCAAGCUGCUCUCCGAGCGGGACUCGAUCGCGGAAGUUGGCUUUGGCCCGGGCAAGGGAGAUACCUCCAGCACGCUGAUCGACGCUUACGUACGCAGCCGAGUCCUGUCCGCCACGCCGGCUCCCCGCGACGCCAAGGAAACGUCGCGCACCGUCAACAUCCGCCGGAUCGUCGUAUCGCGUCCAGUGGAAACGGAGCAGGAAGUUGAGGUACGCGAGCAGGGUUACGCUACCACCGUUUCGCCGCCGUCCUACGAGCACAAGCGGGACGUGAGUGAGGUGUCCACGGGCAGGAGCGACGCGGCCAGCGAUGAGUCGCAGCAGCCACCCGUUUACGUGAACGCCAAACCGCCCGCGUUUGCCGACGACAGUAACAAGAAGUAG